AUGCACGAUAACCACGACAUGGAUUACGCUGUCGACGUCCCUGUUCACCCCUUCACAUCUGGGCCAUCAUUAAACUCCUAUUCUUCUAGGCCCCAAUCAUCUGCACCACAUCACUCCUCUUUGCCCUCUAUUGGAAAUUCCUGGCCUCAGCAGCCUCAGCAACUCGUCAAGUCAAAGUCGUUGGACCGCUACCCCCCUACUUCCUCACCACCGCAACAGAUGAAUGCCCCUGAUAUUGUCAUGACAUACGAGAACGUCAAGGCGGCACCCAUCGACUCGGAUCAAUCGACGCAAAGCUCCUCGAUAGCCCAUGCAGAGAAUAUGGAGGACGAACAAACGUCUCAAUCGUCGCCGUAUCAAGGCAGAGCACAUCUGGCUGUCGAUACAUCCCCUGGUUCGAUCGGUCAGAGUUCCCGAACCUCGAACCCAGUUACGCCUUCGCCUAUGACAGCUUCUACACCAACAAGUGCACCCCUAACAUCAAACAGUGGCGUAACAGCCCCCUCAUCGAGACGAUCCUCUUUACGAACAAUGACCGCUACCCUGCCCCGAUCCGCCUUACAGGAAGAGACAAUCGCAUUGUUUAAACAGUACAGGAAUUUGAUCCCGUGUGCCAAGUGCUUUUCUCGCAAUACAAUCCAGCGAGAUGGCAUGUCAGACGGCAACUUAAGAUUCAAGUGCAGGCCCCCGGUAUCGAUGAGUCUCAUCUGCAACAAGUCGUACAGCGAGUCCAAGAUCCGUAACAUGAUCGCAAGCGUCGUCUAUGGACACACCUUGCCGGACUCUACUACGCCCACUUCUGCCAAGCCCGCAAACGGGUCUUCCGAAAAUAUUCUUGCAUUACCGCCGCCACACGCGACUAAGACAUCUCGUCGACCGUCGCACAAGAAUGAAGAUGGUGUCACGACAGGGAGACCUCAGCAGCUCGGUGAAUGCCAAGCUCGCGAGGGCUCCAUGGAAUUAGAAAAUCAGCAGAGCUAUGAGGAGAUGAAUAUCAAUGGGGGUCAUCCCCACCCCGUCGACGAUCGGCGCUCUCCACAGGAAGCAUCAAACCGACGGCCUUUCGCUCAACUACAAUAUCAUCGACCAUCAGCAGCUGGCAAAGAGUCACCCAUGACGGACAAUGAAGAGUCGACCAUGCCGCCGCCUUCGAAUCAUCUUCAGGUCCCGGGAACACCUCCCUUGGAGAGCGACGAUACUCGCCUUUACCGUGCGCAUUCUACUUUUAGCCACGGGGCUCUUACGCCAACAGGGCAUUCUUCCAGCUCUUUGAACGCAGCUACUCGACAAGGUCAAAAACUUCACCAUUCGCACUCUCAUCCGAACUUCGGUCAACAGCGUCACCAAAAGUAUUUGGAGCAGCAAGAACAUUACAACGCUAGCCAUGGUUACUCAUCGCGGAGUCCGCAGUAUCAGGCUCAACAACAGCUGCAACAGCGUCUUCCGCAACGUCAGGUCAUGCGCAGAGAGUCGGCUCAAUACUAUGGCAGUGUUCAUCCCAGGCCUGAGACUAUGGAAAGACGAUUCUCCUACCCUGCGGCAUUGCAGCCUUCAUCCUCCAGUAAGCUGGCCCCUCUUGGACACUCAGGUGAUGCUCGCUCACCGGCCAUGUCGUCUACUUCCAGCUCCCCGCCUGGUCACGAGCCGCUACACCAUGCGCUAGGACAGCCCGAUACACCACAAAUGGGAUUGUUGCCUGGAUCGGGUAACCGAUAUGAGGAGGCCAGCUCUCCUGCGUCGUAUUACCAGCGAAGAAUGAGUCAACCACACCCAAGCAGCCAGCGUUCAUUCGGGCAGCUUCCCCCUCCAAUUCCUGGUACUUUCGCUCAUCAGUUUGACCGUCGUGCGAGCCAGAUCGACGAGUUCAGCUACCAGCACUGCGAAAAGUACGAGAGGCUGAACGCAAGCACAAUGCGACACAGCUCCAACAAGAUGUUCACGUCGCCUUAUUCGUCCACUCUAACGCACAACCAGGACUCUAUGGAGAUGCCCCAGAGCGCAGCAGUCCAGGGUGCUCGAACGUCGCAAACUGACCCGGCGCGCUUUUCUCGAUCGAUGAUGUCUCUUGGAAGCGACAGUGGUAACCGCCAUGCGUAUUCGCGUCAUCAUGACUCACAACUUUCUGCCUACUAUCAGCAGCCCCAACGAGCCGAAGCAGAUGCUGUGGAUCCAUAUGCACCCGAUGAUCUUUCAGCUGAGGAAUCAGAUGCCCGGCCCUAUGCAAGAGUGCACCAGGGCUACAAGAAGCCCAACACUGGGCAGUCCCUUACUCGGCUGAGCUCCCAUCCUACUCUCUACAGCACGAGUGUGUCAGCCUCUCGAAAUCCCGCAUCCGUCCCCCUGUCCCGGAACAUGAUCAAGUUGACCUGCUUCCCCAACGCCAUGUCGCCCACCGACCAAACCGAGACUGUACCCUCGAUCACGAAGCUCGAUACAUCGGACGCUAUGGCGAUGUGUCUCGGCAAGAGUUCCAAAGUCGUAAUCGAAAUCACGCAGCCCCGUCAUCAGCUGGCCUUUGAACCCUCUCGUGUUGCGAUGUUCUUGGGACUCGAGGGUGUCCCAGGGCAACUGCAGCGGUCUCUGCGCCACACGGCUUCGCAGCCAAAUCUUCUGACGCGCUCGACGACCUCAAUCCUCGGAAGACGUCGCUCUGUAUCGCCCGAUGAGGUGGCAUUUGGGUCUUCCAAGAAACGCCGGGCAGACUCGGUUUCAGGUAUGGCGGAUGAGGAUGAAGGCAGCGUGGAUAGCGCUUCGGCAUCCGCUACCGCAGCAGAGGUUGCCGCGACCGUUGUAGUUGCUGCUGCCACCAAUGCUGUCCGACAGCAGCACUCCGGCUCAGUGAGAGGCCUGCAGGUUGUAGGGUUAGACAGUGAGUCAUCCAAGAAGAUCGGCCUAGGGGUUCAAGUGCCUAUGGAGGGGCCCACGGCAGCGUCACCAACGAUCGAGGCACUGAGUGUCGCGAAGGCGUCCUCGUACGUUGAGCUCGAAGACCAGAAGGAGCAAGGAAUUGAUUAUUCGCUCUUCACUCGAGUCGAGACUGCAGGCUGGAGAAUCCUGAUCCCACCGAACGUUAUGGCCUCGUUUGUCUCGGACGAUUUCGGAUUGACGUUGAAGCCAAAGUGCGGUGGUCCUUUGUCGCCGACCGUUGCAGAGUCAACGGAGGGUCGGGUGGAUUUCGGUAAAGACAGUAUCCCAGCUGUUAAGGAUACUGAGGGAGAUUUGGAGGCGCGCAAGGAGGAGGAUGAGAACGCGUCGAGAAAAGGUGACGAAGAGAUGGCAGAGGAUGGUGCGAUGGCUGUGGCCACGACUGACGAAGGGCAUGAGCAGGCAGGGCCGUACAGAGGAGACGAAGUUGCUUCACAGGGCGAGGCCAUGGAGAACGAAGAGGAGCUGGACGAGCUUGAAGAAGAAUAA